AUCGAACUCAUAAGCCCCGACAAAUUGGAAUGUCGCAGUUCGCAGUGUUCUGUGCAUUUAUAUAUAAUAUGAUGCUCUGGCUCUGUCAUUUGUCCCAAAUAGAAGAUUUCUAAUUUUAGAUUUUUUAGGAAAAAAAAGAAGUUUUUAUUACGUGCUUUGCCCGAUCGAACGAACAUGUCUUCGAGCCUGUCAUCUCGAUUAAAGCAAACCAAGAAACACGAACUGGCGAAGUCUCAAAGUCAAGCACAACUUCUGGCUAAUAAACUGCGACAAGAUGGUUUGAUGGCUACGGUUGAAAGUGUUGUGCAAGCUGUUGAACAAGUAACAGCUUUGUUAGUUUCUGAUAUUGAGAGUAUAUCUUGCAGAGACAGCAUCAUAAAUUUAUGCCAACAUCUUAAGGUAUAUGGCGCAUAUUUGGAAAUUCUCUACAAAGAGCAAUUAGACCACGCUUUUAAAAUAAUUAGAGAUAAGGCUCAAGACGAUUUACGACUCAAUAGACUUUUGCGAUUAUAUUUGCUCGAACUUAUCGAAUUGCGUGCCAAAGGUUGGAAAGAAACUGAUGGCAUGAAUAAUUACUAUAGGAAGAAAACUAACCAAUGCUCACAGGACUUUACUGAAUCAAUUGCAAGUCUGAGUGAUUCAUUACCUUCAUUAAUAACUGUGAAUUCGACGCCACUAUUAAGUCCGGGAGAAGUGUUGAAACCAUCAGGAAAAUUUGCUAAACCCACCAGAAUUCCGGGUAAAAAGUAUUGUAAGGACGAGGUGGUAAUUCGCAACGCUGAUUCUGGAAAAGUGAUGGGUAUCAAAGGAAGGAGAGUACAUAUGAUUGAAGAACUUAGCGAAACUAUAAUAUCUUUCCAGCGAGUUAGUCCUGGAGCUAAGGAAAGGUUGGUUCAAAUUACAGGGGCUAACGAAGAAAGCAUAAAUCACGCUAAGCAACUAAUGGAAGAUACUAUCAAGAGAAACGCUUCUCCGACCCGGGAACAAGGAAUGCCUGCUAGUGGACCGCUCACAGGUUCGAGUUCCAGCAUAAACUCGUCUGCAUCAGACGAUAGCGCCUUACCGCCUUCGAAUAGAGCCUCGCGUGCUCUUAUGCAUAGUAUGAGCACCCCCGAUGCCAACAUCAGCGAAUACAAGUACACUGUAAUAACAAAUGGUUAUACAAUUAAAAUAACUGGAGAUAAUUUGGAUUUGGUUAGGACCAGCAAACUCGUACUGGACGAAUACUUUUCUGGAGAACCUAUACAUGAUGUGGCGGAUUUUUGUAGCUUUGAUAGUUUACCAGGUCCAUUGCUAACAGACGAUCUCGAAAGUUCCAUUUAUUCUUCUGAAUCUCGCGCUUCUCCGGGAGAGGUUUCGAAUAGACUGUCGCCGUCCACUAGGGGCAGUACCGCGGAACCUCCGAAUGUUGUUUCCAGCGAAACAGAUCAAUCAAAAAUAAGGAAGCCUCGUCUAUCUGCUGACGAAAUACUGCAGGAAAUAAAGAUAGUGAAAAACAAAGAGCAAGAAUCUCGAAAAAUUGAUAAAACUCGUCUAACCUAUUCCAUAGAAGUUUUAGCGCAAUUAGCGAUGUCUCCAUUAUGUUUGACAGAACCGUCCGAUUGGAAACGAAUUUCUGAAGACCAUCCUACCCUUCUGCGAAAGGUAGUGCAAAGUUUUGAUGCCAAUAAUUAUUUAUUGUCUUGCAAAGACGGGCCCAGUGAAUUGAAGUCGGACGAAAAUAUCGUCACUUUACAGAUUUGAUAAAUACAAAUAAUGCUGACGUCAUACGUUACGAUCUAGAUAUAUUAUGUUUUGCGAAAAUGACAAAUUUUAUUCACUUAUUUAAAUGCAUUUCAUGUCCAUUAACAUCUGACUUUCUAUUUGGUUUUUGUUUUUUUUUAUUUUAUUUUUAAAGUUUACAUACACCUAAUGUUGCAAGGAAAUAAUAUAUUUAAAUUUCUUUAUUAGUACUCACUGUUAUAUCUGAAUAACAAUCUAGUUAGUAAUUGUGAUACUUUUAAAAUAAAAAAAUAUAUCAAUUUAUUGAUAGUAAUUUUAUAGCUGGUUGUUUCUUAAGGUUUUUUAUGUUUUUGGUUAGUAUCUCUUAUUAUUUUACAUUCUCCCAGUUCUAAUCAUAAGAUAUUAAGAAUCUACAACAAAGCUUCCAAAUUUAAUAAAUACAAACCAAAAAGUUUCAGUGGUAAAGGUCAAUUUUUAAUCAUACUAUAUGCACAGCUAUAUUGUUUUUGUUAGUAUAAAGCAGCUACAGAGCAGAACUGACAUUUUGACUAAAAAAAAAAACAGUGCAAAGAUACCAGCAGGUUAAAUUUGGAGAGAAUCAUUUAAUUAUUCAAAGAAACUUACACAGGCUACUGUAAUACUUUUUCUAAAACUUCUGGACUCCUCCUGCGUCGGUUUUUGUUGAGUCGAACUAGCUAACAUUUUGCCAAGCUUCCUGUUAGCUUCUUCAGAGCUUGACUGACAGUUUCAGGAAUCCAGAAGUUUGAUAAAAAGUGAAUCAUUUAGGCUUUACUCUUUUUAGAACUCUAUUAGACUUACUACCACUAAAAAUUCAUUAGUUUUGUUUUAUAACCAUUAAAAUUAUUCUGAAAUUAAAAAGUUUAAAAGUGUUGCGAAAAUAAAAUUAAGUUGCAUGACGAUUUGGUUUGUUUGGUUUUAACGAUAUUUUUGAAACAUUUUUGUUAGUAGGCAUGAUUUUUGUAAUAGAAAUAUGUAGUAAUUGUACUAAUAGAGUACUAAGGAAGACAAUGUGUAAGCCAAACUGAGGUAUAAUAUACAUUUAUAUUGUUGCAGUCAAUUGGUUUAAUUCCUUUUGUGGAAGAUUACAUAUGUUAAAUAUGAUAAAAAUGUUAUGUGACGUGAAUAUGUUUCCUACUCGACUUAGAAAUUAUUUUUUCUCUGUCAAUGCUCUAGUCAUUAAAACUGGGAGAUCAUGUUUCAUUUAUUUCUGAUGGGAAAAAAAUGUAUUUUAAUUAUAAGUUGCUUUUGAUAGAAUCAUUUUAUUUAUAUACGUACAUAGUUAAAUAUAUUGUUUUAAAACCGUUAAAAUGAUUUUGUAUUUUUGUUUUUCACAAGAUAUUUCUAAUUAAAAGUUUGUUAUAUUCACACUCAUUUUUAUUGUCACAAUACCUCUAUGGUUCCAUCUGAGUUAAACGCAUUUUAAAAGUACAUAAAACUAAAGUUUACAGAAUACUAAAAUUGGUCUCACUCUCCUAAAAUUCGGUGACCGCAUAGAAGCAAAAGCCUUGAAACCAUUCCCACAUAAGCAGUGCAGCAGCAGAGUAGCCUUUGCGAAACGGGCAGUACUGACUAAUAAAAUCAUUUUUUCGAUUUUGCCUU